AUGGGUCCUUCUUGUAGACGACGAAGAAAGCCCAAAGCAGGGUCAAGAAAAUCCACGGCGUUUAAAUCUUCGCCGCCGUCCAAGGCGGCGGCCUCUCAGGAUUCGGUGAAGAAGAACGGCGGCGGCGAUCAUGAAGGGGACAUAGGAGCGGCGGAUGACGUGUGCUCGACGCCGAAAGCGGAGAGGUUUCGGAUUCCGGCGAUGGAGACGUGCCCUCCGGCGCCGAAGAAGAGGAGGGUGAUGACGACGAAUUGGUCGUCGCCGUCGUUGCGGAGGAGUAGUAGUAGUAGUACUCCGCCCCCCAUCGCGUUCUUUGCUCCGCCGGAUAUUGAGCUCUUCUUUUACUUUGCGCUUCGCGGCGGCGUUUCAGUUUGA